AUGAAAGAUUCAGUUAUGAUCCACGGCUCUGGGGGUAUCCCGGACAAAUCAUGGAAACCACAAUUUGGAAUUAUUGAGACUACGAUGGGUCAAAUAACAAUUGAACUAUACUGGGAUCACGCUCCAGAGACUUGCCGUAAUUUUGCAGAACUUUGUAGACGUGGUUAUUAUAAUAAUACAAAAUGUCAUAGAAUUAUUCGCAAUUUUAUGAUUCAAGGUGGUGAUCCAACUAGCACUGGCAGAGGGGGUACAUCAAUUUAUGGUACUCAUUUCGACGACGAAAUUCAUGAUGAUCUUAGACAUACAGGAGCAGGUAUUGUGUCUAUGGCUAACUCAGGACCUAAUACAAAUGGUUCACAAUUUUUUAUUACAUUAGCUCCAACUCAGUGGCUUGAUAAAAAACAUACAAUAUUUGGUCGUGUUCAUUCCGGAAUGAAUGUUGUCAAAAGAAUGGGCAUGGUAGAAACGGAUAAAAAUGAUCGACCUGUUGAUGAUGUAAAAAUAUUAAGAGGAGGAAUAAAAAUGUAA